AAAAGUCACCUUCCAAUAAAAAGUGUUAUUCUAUCAGCAAUCAUCUCUGGCAUCUACAUUGUUUACCGAUUUAAAUGGUUCCGCAGCUGAUAAACAUAUUUAACUUUUGGAUUUGUCUCUAUGUGGCAACAACUUAGUUUUAAGAAACCUAGAUAUUCCUACCCAAAAUCUAAAGACUAAUUUCUUGAACCUCUAACAUAUAACAGGUUUAAAAAAGACAUACUAUCUGUCAAUCAUAUACACAGCACACAGUUUUAUUAAAUUAAUUUGGUUACAACAUUUAUUUAUAUAUGGCACUGACACAACCCCUAAACAAUCAGAACCAGAGAUGGCAUCAUGGAAAGUUUUUAACCAAUGCUUGCUUCUGCCAAUGUUGCUGAUGAAUUGCUUUGUUUUGCUGGUUCAAUGUGGUAGGCCACAUUACACAGAAGGAGAAGAUUUGGUCACAGCAACCUGCAAACACACCCUUCAUUUCCAAGUAUGCAAUUCUUCCCUAAGAUCAGUCCCUAGUAGUAGCAACACAUCAGAUCUCAGAGUGCUUGCUGAGAUAGCACUGAAUCUCAGCACAGCAUAUGCUGCAGACACUUUGACCUGUGUUCAUGAACUGCAAUCCAAUUCUUCCGCUGCUAAUAACAUUUAUUUGUUCCGUUGCUUAAGAGACUGUGAAGAGGAAUUCUCGGAAGCCAUAGAGAACUUGCAGGACUCAAAAGAAGCACUUGCCAAUGGAGAUUGUGACAGAGUGGAUACAUUGGUUUCUGCUGCUAUGUCUGAUGCCGAGACAUGUGAGGAUGGCUUCAAGGACUUGCAAAGUGAGGACAAUUAUUCAACUUCUCUAGCUGAACGUAACCGUUACUUCUCUGAACUAUGUAGUAAUGCUCUUGCUAUCACAAAAUUACUAGUUUGAAUGAAUCUUGUUCAUCCCAUGUACGCUGUUAAUGUUAUAUAUAUUGGCUUCUGUUA